CACUUAUUUCUUAAUCAAGUUCAAUCAAGAAUCAACGUAAACAGCAUAUUUAUAAACAAAAUUUAAUAAUCUUAUUUAGAAAAGAAUUUAAAAAUAGUGCAUAUUGUAACCAACUAGUUACUAAAAACCCGCGAUGUCCAUCAACCUCAAACUGAAACAAUCGGACGUCCACCAGUGCUUGGAGACCCCGCCAAAGGUCCACUACAUUCCGGCCACGAUCCGGGGCGACGGACCGGCCAAUGUGGAGCAAUUUUUCGAAUCCUACACCGACGAAUCCGAGGGCAAAAUUCUAACGAACGCCCUGCGAGGCUUUCCGCUGCGCGGCAAGGAAUUCAGCCUUCCGGCUGGUUAUACCGCCGUCAUGUUUCAGGAAACGAAGAAGCCGCUGUCCGCUGAGGAGGAUCGCAACUUUAGCUUCGCGGGAGCGUUCAAGCGGUUUACCUACUGGAACUACGACAAGAUUCCGACCAAGAAUGACCCGCUGGAGAAGGCGCUGGACUGGAUGGAGCUGUCCCGGGCGCUGCACGAUCCGUUGGGGGAGGAUGGUGAUGAAGGUGGAGUUGAGGAGAAGGUGAAGAAGGAGAAGAAAUAAAUCGUU